AUGCCUGUUUCUAACUAUUUAUCAGUAGGAAUACUAGUAUCUCUCUCUAUACCUUUGUUUUUAGGGAUGUUGCCUCUUCACAGAUCUUCCACCUCUGAUCCUGAAGAAAAACUAGAAGAGCUAUGUACGAAUCUCAAGAAACAAGUUACUUGCUCAAUUUGUCUCGAUACCUACACUGAGCCCAAAAUUAUAUCAUGUCAUCAUACAUUUUGCUGUGAGUGUUUAGAAAGACAUGCAACAGUGAGCCAGAGACAAGGGAAAUUCUGAUGCCCUGAGUGUCAAGUAGAAAUCAAUUUACCAGAAGGAAAUCGUUUCGACUGUUUGCCUAACAGCUUUUUGCACAAAAGUCUGUUAAGUGUCCUUCAAGCAGAAAGGUGAAUUGUUGAGUAAUUAAAUCUCUUGUACAGAACUAAAUGGAACAAACUAAAUGAAGUGCUAAUUGAAUGGUUAAAUGAUGGAAAAUCAGAAAUCAACUCAUAUAUUUGUACUUUUCCCCUUAGGUACUUCACCCUCCAAUGUACCGUUCACUGCUGGUCACCAAAAAAAAUGGGAAGUAAGACACAAGACUGGGAAAUUUCAGGAAAAGAAAGGUGAGUGAAAAGAUAUCCUGAAGCUAAUGAUAAGUCAAAAUUAAAAUUUUUAGGUAAUGAAUAGAAUGCCCUUCAAUUCUUUUAGCGAUUAUGUCAGUUGUUACUUUUCCAAGUGCAGUCUGAACUCCUGCUACUUUGGACACUUAGUGUCCGUAAUAGUGAGAGUCUGUAAUGAUGGGGUAUGAGAGAAAUAAAAAAAAUGUCUUCUACCUAAACGUAUGAAAUAAUAUGUAACCACACAAACAUAAAGUUUCUAAUAAGGCCUCAUGAACUGCAAAAAGAUCUGGCUGCAAGCAGGAAAUUCUCAUGUUUGCACCUAAUUGAAGAAUGGUUUCUUCAUUUUCCUUUAUCAUAAUGUUCUAUAUUACGUGAGUCAGGAUUUUGGAGGAAGUGUUUCAGUGUCUGCUAUAGCAAGAGAAAAAACAAGUGAAAUGUCAUACUGGGGGGCUGGAAAAUGCCUGCAUUUCUGUAAUAGCAAGAGUCUGUAAUAAAGGGAGUUUAUUUCAGUCAUUUCUUUAUGUGUUUCCCCAGGGACUGGCUCUUGUCCAUAAUAGACAACUUCAAUGUCUGUAAUAGCAAUUUGUCUGCAGGGCAAGAUUCAACUGUAGAUUAAUCCAAAUUUGGCUUUGUCUCAUUCUCUACUUUAGCUAAAGGUGGUAAUGAGUUGGCAUGUGGUAAAAAUACAUAAUAGUUGUUUUCAACAAUAAUCAUUGCUGUUAUGAUGAAGAACUAACACUGAUUUACUUUAACAUGACUAUAAUUUGAUAACUGUUGUUAUCUUUUCUGUGUAAAGUAAGAGACUGAAUUUUGAAAAUCUCUGUAUACCUUUGCUCCCAGGUUCUUCACCUCCCCCUCUUCUCUCCACCACUGAUCUUGAAGAAAAACUAGCAAAAGUAGGUGAGGAAAUUAAGAUGCUGAGAAUGGAAGGUGAGCAGAAAAUUCAUAUCUUAUGAAUUGUAGGGAGAAACUGAUCCAAGAAUGCUAAUAACUGUCCAUAAAGUUUGCUUAAGUUUAAAAAUGAGCUAAAAUAUCAAAAAAGUAAAAACCAAACAUUUUUGACAUUAGGUCAUCAUCAGAGUGAUGAUGACCUAGUGUAGAAAAUGUUUGGUUUUUACUUUUGUAAAUAUUUUAGCCAUGUAACUAGCAAUUAAAUGUUUUCAUAUUUUCCCAAUAAUUUCUCUCAAGAGAAGUUAUUCCCUAUCUGAGGUAUUAACCUUUUCUGUCCUUACUUUCAUCCAAGAAUACUGUUAAAUACUCUCAGCUUUUAUUCUUAGUUUUAUUAAGGAACAUAUUUUCAAUUCAGUUUUGCCUCUAAACAAUACUAGUAAGCUAUUAUUAGUAAUUUUACUACCUUUGACUUCAGUCAAAGGUAGCUUAAGUAUUAAAUUGUCUGAACAUGUGACAUUGAAAUAUUACCUAUGGAUAGGUUAUUUCACAAUGAUAUAAUGGAAAACUAGCACCAUUGUUCUUUCACUUGACCUUGAUACAUGUUAGUAUGCUUAAACUUUUUAUAUCAGGUGAGACACCAAUUGUUAAAUGUAGUUCUGAAUGCACAUUUAGACAGAAAAUAAUUUUAGUAAAGUAGUAAUAAACCAUAUUACUGUUUACUUCUUCUCUCAGGUAGUUCACCUCCCCCUGUUUCCACUGUUGAAGUCGAACUCGACGAAUUACUUGAGAAACUUCAGAGAGGGAGGAUGGAAGGUGAAUGCUCAUCUAGACAGAAAGGAAUUGUAGUAGAAUGCUUUUAAGAGAGGAUGUCAGCAUCCAUCGAACAAAUUUAAAUAUUGUGGCAAGUCGCCCAAAAUUCGUUUUCUCCUCUACUUUCAUAUUUUGUAGCCCAACAUGUCCUAAUAAUUGUGGUGUAGUUUUUUGGUGAAAAUAUAUUUUAGUUUUCGAGAAAUAAUUUUUUUCGUUCGACCGCUCAAAUAUGCAAAUUUUCAUCGUGAAUAUUACCCGAGUUGUGUGACCUCAUGUAACGAAUUUACUUGACCUCCGGUAUUUCUGUCAACAUAAUCCUUUGUUUUAUCAUCUAAACUUAAUCCCCUGUCAUUAUUGAAGCUGGCAAAGAAAUAUUUAUUUUUUGGUGAAUAUUUUUGCCCGACAUACUUUUUCUAUGUCGAAGAGUAGCAUCAAAACAAAGACAGUUUUAACAAUGACCAAUAUGACAUAAUCUACUGGGCUUCUAGCUUUUAAAAGACAAAAGGAUGGUCAUAAAGUUACUGUAAAAAUUUCCUUGUGUACUUGUGUCGUUCUAUCGUGAGACGAACUCAAAGUCCGGUAAAAUUUACUUGCUAGCGACUAUGAAAUAUACAUCUUGUGCCUAUUUGUCGCCACCGUUUACUAGCAUAAAUCACUAAAAUUUGUUAAAAAAAUCUAGCAUAAUACUCUUACCUCAUUUAUUUACGAUUUUAUGAGCUGUUCCGAUGAUCAAGUUAUGCUCUACCAUAUUUUAGCCAGAUUUAAUUUGCAGUUUAUAAAACUUCUCCACAUUAUUAUAUCAGUUGCAUGACAAGCGUGACACAUAAAUUCAAAGAUGAAUCAACCUCCGAAUUACCAAGAGAUGGGUUUUUUCCCUCUUUGCAUAUCUUUAAAAACCUUCUGUUUACUGUAUUCAGAAAACUAAAAUUUCCAGAUCCAUCAAUGAUUCCUUUGCCGGCGGAAGUCAAAGAAUGUUCACAAAAGUCAAUUCGAUUGACAAGCUACAUACUGAUUUAGCUAAUUAAUCUGUUGUAAAAGCGUUUCAUCUUACAUGCUAACAAUGAGAUUUGCUGACAGAACUUUUUUCACUUCACCGAAAAUCACAUCAAAAUUUGUCCUUGCUAAAUUUCAAGUGUGCUGCACGUAUCAGCACCCCCCGAGGAACCCCUAUACACAAGAGGGCGAGGAUGCGCGCCGGGAAUUUCGAAAAUGAUCCCUAUAAAACCUGAGUCUUAUCCGUGUGGGAGUGGCAACAACUGAUGUCUACCUCUAAAAAGUACCAAUUUAAACCAAAAAAAAAAUGGAAAAAUCCUAAAAAUAAAAACUCCUUUAUCGAUAUGCUCCAGUGGCUCAAGUCAGAUCAUUAAAAUCGUCCUAGUAAUGCUUAUUUCAGGUAUUUUAUUGAGCGAAAAACAUCCUAAAUGGUACCAGCAAGGUCUCUGGUAGUCCACCGAAAGUUUGAGACAUCGUAAAAGGUACCAGAUCACUGAUUUUGACCCCUGAAAGGUACGACAAGCAUCCUCACUCAUAUCCGAUCGCCUGAUGACUCGUUGCGAACAGUUUUAUUCUGCUAUCAUGUGGCGACCGGGAUGAACUUGUUCUUGAACAAAACUCCUUCCGAUAUUAUGUAAAAAGGCCCCUAAGAGUUUUUAUUCCCAGAGCAUCACGCUUUGCUCUCCCGCCAGAACACUAUAAAUUUCAAUAUGCGCUGCUACUGAAACAACGAUUACCGUAUUUCUUCACCUAUAAGCCGAGCGAUUUUUUUUUUCUUAGUGCGUGUUGAAAACUAACUGGUCUCUCGUGAUAAGCUUAUUCUGGUUCUAUAAACUUUCAAAUUUUGCUACAUGUGCAAAAUUACAGAUAUUGUUUCUAGUGUGACAGAAAAUACACUAAGUGAAACUUCAUAACAAUAGCAAGAGUCUGUUACAAAGGGAGUUUAUUUCAGUCAUUUCUUUGUGCAUUUUCCCAGGAACUUACUCUUGUCCGCAACGGCGAGAUGUCUGUAACAGUGAGGUGUUUGUAGGGCAAGAGUCAACCACAGAUUAAUCUAAAUUUGGCAUUGUCUCAUUCUCUACUUUAGUUAAAGAUGGUGUUGAGUCAGCAUGUGGUAAAAAUACAUAAUGGUUGCUUUCAGCAAUGAUCAUAGUGUCAUAAUGGAGAACUAACACUAUUUUACUUUAACAUGAGUAUUAAUAAUUUGCUGUUCACACAGGUAUAACCGUUGUUAUCAUUUCUGUGUAAAGUAAGAGACUGAAUUUUGAAAAGCUCUGUAUACCUUUGCUCCCAGGUUCUUCACCUCCCCCUCUUCUCCCCACCGCUGAUCUUGAAGAAAAGCUAGGAAAAGUAUGUAAGGAAAUUAAGAUGCUGAGAAUGGAAGGUGAAUGGAAAAAUUCAUAGCUUAUCAUUUUUAGGGAGAUGCUGAUCCUAGAAUGCUAAUAGCUGUCGUUAAAAGUUUAGAUUUAAAAAUGAGCUAGAAUAUUGAAAAGUAAAAACCAAACAUUUUUGACAUGAGGUCAUUGUCAGGGUGAUGAUGACCGAGUGUCAAAAAUGUUUGGGUUUUUACUUUUGUAAAUAUUUUAGCCUUGUAAAUAGCUCAGUGCCACUAAAAUUAAUGUUUCACAUUUUUUCUACUAAGCACUUUUAAGAGAGACUAUUCCCUACAUAAGAUAUUCACCUUUUUCUGUCCUUACUUUUACCCAAGAAUGCUGUGAAAUGCUCUCAGCUAUUAUUUAGUAACUUAGUUUUGUUAAGGAACAUAUUUUGAAUUCAGUUUUGCCUCUUGAUGUACAACUUUAGUCAAAGGUAGUAUUAAAUUGGCUGUGGCAUGUGGUAAUGAAAUAAUAGUUAUAGAUAGGUUAUUUCACAAUGAUAUAAUGGAAAACUUGCAUCAUUGUUCUUUCACUUGACCUCAAUACAUGUUAUAAUACUUUAACAUUUUUAUAUCAGGUAAGAAACUGAGUGUUAAAUGUAUUUCUUUGUUCUCAGGUAGUUUUCCUGUCCUUAAAUUUUCAUCCAUUGAUCUUGAGAAAAAGUUAGCAGAACUACGCAAAGAGCUUAAGAGGCUCAGAAUGGAAGGUGAAUUUAAAGUGUUUAUUGAUUCAUUAUCAGAUAGAAAUAAAUCCAAGAAUGCUAUUAAAGGCUUUCACCCCUGUAUCGAAUUAUCACUUUUCAAGGAAAAUAAUUCCUUAUUUAAAAGAACCUGUUAUCUGAUUUUAUUACUAUUGAUGAAUGCUUUCAUUCCUUAUUCAAAUUAUACAUUUUAAAGGGAAGCUGUUCGUUAGAAAGGAUGAAUCCUCUUCCUUUAUAGUUAUUAAGUGAGGUUGCUGUCCUAUACUUUCAGGUAUUAUGUAAAAGUGUCAGCUUUCAUAUGAAAUUUUUCUUAAUUAAUUUUUUCCUUAUUCUUUGCUGUGGUGAAAGGGAGUAUUAAGUUGGCUGUGGCUUAUUAUUAUGUAACAAUUUUUCUAAAUGAUUGAUUUCAACAAUAACCAUAAGAGAUUAAUAAAAAAACUGACACUAUAAUUGUGCUAUCACAUGACCCCAACACAAUGUACAGUGCUGGUUAAAUGCCUGUUUUUAACCAUUUAUGCAAGGUAAGGCACUGAUCGCCAAAUACAGUGUAUCUGUUUACCUUUCCUUUCAGGUACUUUGCCUCCCCCUGAACUAUUUAUUUCUGAUCUUGAAGAAGAACUGAAACAAAUACGUACAGAACUUGAGAGACAAGGAUUGGAAGGUGAGUGAAACAUGCGUAUUGGCUCCGUUGAACAAGGCAAAAGAAAUAUGGAAAGUGAUGCAAGGAAAUAGUUGUACUAGUAUUUUAGGCUUGAUUUUUAAGGAACAAGCUGAAAGGUGAAACACUUUCUUUUAGUUUUUUUAUAAGACUCCUAAUUAUAUUAUUUUCUCUUAAAUAUGUAAGCCCUGCAUGCAACUUGCAAAACAUCUGCGCUGCUCAUUACAUGUUGAAGCAUUGAAUAAUGCGUAUUUACUCUUUAUUUAAGAUACUCCCUCCUCAUAUGAUGCUAUCAACCAAGUACGGCGUUUAAAAGAAGAACUAGAGGAACUACUUAAGAAACUUCAGAAAGGAAGGAUGGAAGGUGAAUAUUAAUAAUGCAAUACACACAUACACACACACACACACACACACACGCACGCACACGCACGCACACACACACACACACGCACGCACACGCACGCACACACACACACACACACACCCAUACAUAUCUGCUUUAACGGUACAUGUAGUAAAGAUACACGUCAGUAAACUACAUCACUUGUAGGAGGGUGUCAGUUUGGUUAACCGUUAACCGUAAAAAGGGCUAACUGCAAAAAUUUUUUCUUUUAAACAUGUUAACAGAAACAAAUUAAUCGUUAGCCGUAAAAUUGCAAACAUUUUAACUGUUAGCCGUAAAAUGGCCAACAUUUUAACCGUUAGCCGUAAAAUGGCCAACAUUUUAACCGUUAGCCGUAAAAUGACCAACAUUUUAACUUUUAGCCCUAAAAUGGCCAACAUUUUAACUGUUAGCCGUAAAGCCAUCGCCCUACUGAGACCCUCAUGUAGCUCGUGGGUGAUUAAAGAACUUUUGCGUUAAUGUUCCAUGCCAGAAAUGAUCGACAAUAUGAAUGGCAAAUGUGAAUUUGACCUUUAAAACUUGUCUGUGUUCUGUCACAGUCUAUGACAACAUUGACGCUUACGUUGCCUUGAUGAGCAGUUCCUUAUUUUGUACAUGAAUUUCUCGUAUCCGAUGAUGUGACCUAAAGUACUGAAAUAGGUUGUACCUUUUUUGUAUCCUUCAUGAUAGCAUUAGAGAAGGCCAUGUAUCCGACCAUUAGAUCAGGACUGGCGAAGUUUGAUGUGCGUUUACCCGAGGAACUCCAGAGCUAUGUUAGCUACUUGUUUAAAGAGUCAGCCAAACUUGGCUUACGCAGGCGAGGUACUUAACAUUAAACGGUUGUGAAUAUAUGGAAGUCAUAUAUUUGAACUGCGGUUAAAGACAUGAGUAUGAAAGCGAUCUUCGCAGUAAUGAACACUGCUUAAGUAGUAAUGAAAAGAAGGCCUGAAAAAAAUUUUUUUUCAGGCCUUCUUUUCACUACUGCUUAAGUAGUGUUCAUUACUGUGAAGAUCGCUUUCAUAUUCACGUACUUAACAUUGUUAAAAUAGGCUUGUAAUGGUUUUCAAACACAUGUCCAGUUAUCUAAGAUUUUUGAGAAAUGCUGGGUUUGUGUAAUGGUCAUGGGAUAUUCUCUACCCUGAUUUGCGAUCUGUGUUGGGUUUGUGCGCGGUCUAAUGCCCGUUCUUAAUAAGAAAAAAAAAAGAUUUUUAAAUAAACCCCUUUAUGAGGGCCGUGCGCAGUUGCACGAGCAGAGACAUUAAAUGCUGCACGGCUAAGCGUACGGUCCCGCGAGAAAGAAAAAGGAGUGCGGUCAUGGAAUAAAAAUGGAAUAAUUGAUUAAGUAAAAUCAAGCCGGACCGACAUGACCCUUCUACUCAGUCCAUAAGUGCACAGAAUUCUGAUGUUAAAGCUGGUCGCUUAUAUGGUGUAACUUAAUUACUUUAUGAUCGUAUUCCCCAGGAAAAAAACGUUUCUAUCAAUUUAUUAAAACUAAUAUUUCGUUGUUAUGUUUGCAAAGUGAAACCAAAUUUUUUUCCGGUUUAAAAUCAGAGUUAGAAAAAAAAAAACAAAAAACAUCUCUAGCAGGCAUUUUGGACUCUAGAUUUUUGAAGAAUUUUUGGAAAAGAAAAAGAAGAUAGGCUUAUCUUAAUGUUUUUGUAAUCGCACGACAUUUAUUGUUCAUACUGCCCGUCUCCUUGUCUUACCAACUGGUUUCCUCUGACUUGGAGUAAUUAAAAAAUAAUUCGAAAUACUGAGACUCGAAAUUCUUUUCGUUUCCAAUUUGCAGAGGUAUUUGAGACAAAAAAAGUUUUGAGACAAAGAAAAAAGGAAAAUGUAACGCCGAUUUUUUUCGCUGUCAUGUUUUCAAGUAAAAGAUUAGUAUUUCUUUUGUUUUAUUCCUUUAGCACUUAAAUCACCUCGUGCCUUGGAGGAAUUACGAGAAGCAAUGGAUAAAGACGAAUUGAAAACAUUCCUUACUAUUCACAUCAGGGAAGGUGCAUGGCAGGUGGUGCUGCUGUUUAUGGAUGAGCUACCCGGAUUUAAACUACCAUGGGACUGGUAUCGAGAGGACGAGGACGAGGACGAAGAGAUGUUUCGUACACCGUUGUAUAGUUCGACGUCAGGCAUAUUGAAGGCGUGGCCAACAGAGUACGACCCUGAUUUGAUAACACUGUGUAAAGCGAUCACCAACAGGGACUGGAAAGUAACCAGAUUAAUCAUCUCUAGCAGUCGGAUAUCUGAUGAAGGUUUGAAGAAAUUGAGUACAGCGCUUACUCAGAGUGAACUUUACAGCUUGACACUGGAUAGCAUUGGUUUACAAAGUCAAGGAUUAGAACACCUGUGUGAAGCGCUGAUCAGUAGUGACUGCAAUUUAAGCAGCUUAAACGUCAAUUGGAAUGUUUUUGGAGAAGUAGAAAUAAUGCUCUUGUGUAACGCGCUAACCAGCGUUAACUGUUCAUUAACCAGCUUAAACGUCGGUUGGAAUCAGUUGGGAGACGUAGGAAUAAUGCCCUUGUGUCACGCGCUAACCAGCGUUAACUGUUCAUUAACCAGCUUAAACGUCAGUGGCAAUCGUUUAGGAGACGAAGGAAUCAAGCACUUGUGUAACGCACUAACCAGCGUUAACUUUACAUUGACUUGCCUAAACGUCAGUUGGAAUCGGUUUGGAGACGUGGGAAUAAUGCACUUGUGUAACGUCCUUUCCAGCGUUAAUUGUACAUUAACCAGCUUGAACGUCAGUAAUAAUGGUUUAGCAGACGAAGGAACGAUGUACUUGUGUAACGCGCUAACCGGCUUUAAAUGUAGAUUAACCAACUUAAACGUCAGUGACAAUUGGUUAGAGACAAAGAAAUCAUGCACUUUGUGUGACGCACUAACCAGCGUCAACUGCACAUUAACCAGCUUAAACGUCAGUGACAAUGGGUUAGGAGACAAUGAAAUCAUGCACUUGUGUGACGCACUAACCAGCGUCAACUGCACAUUAACCAGCUUAAACGUUAGUGACAAUGGUUUAGGAGACCAAGGAAUUAUGCACUUUUGUAAAGCCAUAACUGAUACCAACUGCAAACUACAGAGCUUAAACCUGCGAGGAAAUCGGAAUAUAACAGACGCGGGCAAACAGUGUUUGUUCGAAGCGAUAACUGGCACUGACUGGGAAGUCAGAAAAGGCUGGAUACUUUGCCGUUCCAUUAAGUCAGAGGCAUAAAGCUCGGAUAGGCUCCUCUUAUUUCUUAUCGCGUGUCAAUUAAAAUGUGAUUUUUAUGAAAGAUUGAAUCAUUGUUUGACGCUUGUUUUGUAGUUGGAUAAACAAUAGUUUGUUAGGUUAUCACAGGUUAUUGACUCUCCAUGAAUUGUCGAUCAAACUGUGUAUUCUAAACGACUCUCGGUGUGGCAGACUAAACGUCACCAUCAAAAAUUGAUGGCAUAGUUAGACAAACUAUUAUGAAACUUUCAUUGAUGUUCUGUUCAUGUUAAGUUCGUUUCAGAAAGAAGGUUAAAAUACAGUAGCUUGAUAAGUCUUUUUGUGGAAGCGUAGAUGCAAUUCUGUGUUAGAGUUCCGUAGGAUGCAAAGAAUAUUGAAUCCCUUUUUUAUAAAGUAGUUAACGAAUAUCUGUCUUUUGAAAGACAAAAUUUCGAACAUUUUCCGUAAACUAGUGACGUACAAAUAAGAUAAGAAUACGUUUAAUUUCAAUAGCAGAUGAUGUUUUUUUUGUUAGUUGACUUAAAGAUACCAUGUAACAGCUUAAUUGAAAGUUCUCUCCUUUGUUGUUUACUUAGUUCUCUGAGGCAGAUUUGCGUGUUGGAAAAACUAUUGUAUUCUCUUUUAGAUUAAUUUAAUCAAACUUAACCCUUUAACUCCUAUGAGUGACCAAGACAGAAUUUCUUCUUAUUCAAUAUCAACCAGAUAAGCGACGAGAGUAGAGAUAAAUAUUAAUUUAGGGAUAAUUAGUUGAUCUAAUACUAAAUUCUCUGAACUAACAUUAUAAGAAUUGUAUGGUUGACAAUAAGGAGAAUUACGAAUUUGAUCUGGGAGUUAUAGGGUUAACCUGGGAAAUCAUUUAGGCAAAGUUUGUACUCUAAACUGUUAUUUUUUUUCAGCUUAGCUGAUUUUAUCACGAACAAAAUUAAGUAAUACUCUCAAAAUUACUUUUGGUAUGAAUUUUUUUUACGGGUUAUGCAGUUUUUGUGAUAGUAUAAUCCGUUUUUUUUUCAUAGAGUAGGUAGGAAUGUUAUGUAGAUGUUUUCUAAUUAUUAACAUGAGAAGUUGUUGUCUUAGAAGUUGCAACUCGAAAAAAUAUCAUUUACAUACAUAUUUUAUAAUUUUUAAAUAUGGAAACAAAAGUUUUUAC